AUAUAAUCCACGGUCACUCAUCCAUCUCACAUUCUAAUCGCCAAAUGAAAAUGGUCCACUUUAAAGAACAACAACAUAAAGUAGAAGAGGGAGGAGGAGGAGGAGAAUUGGAGGAGGAGGAGAGAAGCAAGUUUUGCAUUAACGACAAUGUGGACAUUGUUAUAGAGAUCUUGAAGAAGCUCGACGCCCCAUCCCUGGGCGUGGCCGCCUGCGUCUGCACACUCUGGUCCGCCGUUUCUCGCACCCAGUCUAUUUGGGAGAACCUCUGCUUCCGAGGCCAAGCGCCGCGCCCGUCCGACCGGGUAAGCACGGUCGUCUCUGCCCUCGGCGGCUACCGGAGCCUCUACAUGGCCUGCGUCCGCCCCGUGCGGCUGUCGUCGCGGUCAGGCGACUCGGACUCCGGCAUCGUGAGCCGGCACGAGGUGCAGCUGUCUCUUUCGUUGUUCUGCGUGGAUUAUUUCGAGAGAAUGUUGCUCGGCGGCGACGGCCGCGACUCGCCUGCUUCGCCACCGCCGCCGUCGCUCUGUUUCCUUCGCAAAACGGUCAAUGUGUAACGUGACUCUACAGUGGGAACACGUCAUACGGCGUCGUAUUAUUAGUCUCACAUUUUUUUGUUUUUAUCCUUCGUAAAGUAAUUUGAGAUUCAAAUCUCAACUAUGCAUUAUUUGUUCCAUUACAUUCCUCUAAUUCUCGAAAUCAUGUUUUGCCAUAAAACAAUUAUUUAAGGAAUUACUACUAUUUAGCAUGUCCAGACUAAAAUCUACACCAUAAUAAUUAAGUAAUCCAUUAUGUAAUUUAGUGUAAGUAAUUCUUUUUUAUUCAUUGAAAAGGAAUUACUCCAUAUCUGCAUUUAAAAUAUCUUAGAGCCUUUUUAGUAGUACAUAUUUUCUCUUUGUAAGUUUUAUAAUCAAAAUUCUAUCGAAUAAAUAUUCCCUCAAUAUUUUAAGUUGCAACGGUCCGAUUUUCGCAUUUUCC